AUGUCUGCUUAUUUCAGAAACAGUGAUAGCUUAUCUCUGGAGGUUUUCCUGAAGGGAGCCAUGGAGAAAUCUCUCAGCAGUGAAAAUGGCCACCUGGACUUGUUCGUCCGCUUUCUUCAUGGCCUCUCUUUGGAGUCCAACCAGAAAGAGUGCAGACUACAGAUUGAAGACUCUGAGGGCAUUUACACUCAGAAGAGGUUCGACCCUCAGAAGGUGAAGGAGGAAGUAGUCGACUUCUCUCGUCAUAAAUGGCCUCUGCUCUUCUCUCGCUUCUACGAGGCGUUCAAGUUCUCAGGUCCGAGCCUUCCUAAAAACGACCUCAUCGUGGCCGUUAACUGGACCGGUGUUUAUUUCGUAGACGAGCAGGAACAAGUCCUCUUAGAGCUCUCCUUCCCAGAAAUCACUGCGGUCUCCAGCAGCAGAGGAGGGAAGCUGCAGGGUCAGAGCUUCAUCCUGGCGACCAUUAAAGGAGAAGAGUACACGUUCACCUCCAACAACGCCGAGGACAUCAGAGACCUGGUGGUCACGUUCCUCGAGGGUCUCAGGAAGAGGUCCAAGUUUGUAGUCGCCCUGCAGGACAACCCCAACCCCAUCGGGGAGCAGUCCACGUUCCUCAGCUUCCUGAAAGGAGACCUGAUCCUAUUGGACCAGGACACCGGCGAGCAGGUGCUCACCUCCGGUUGGGCGCAUGGCAUCAACGAACGGACCAAUCAGAGAGGAGAUUUCCCCGCCGACUGCGUCUACGUCCUUCCGACCGUAACGAGACCGCCGCAGGAAAUAGUGGCGCUGGUAACCAUGACGCCCGACCAGCGGCAGGAGUCGGUGCGAGCGUCGCAGCUCGUCCUGCCGGAGAACGACGACCGAAUGAAGCCGUACACACUGGAGGAGUUUUCAUACGACUACUUCAGGCCUCCUCCCAAACACACUCUGAGCAGAGUGAUGGUCACUAAGAAUCGUGGGAAGGAUAAAAUGUGGAGCUGCACCAGAGAGCCGCUCAAACUGCCGCUGCUGAAGAAGGUCGUAAACCACGAGGAUCUGGCUCAGGACGCCUGCAUGUCCUUCAUAGCGAUGAUGAAGUAUAUGGGCGACUAUCCGUCCAAACGAACGCGCUCCGUCAACGAGCUGACGGAUCAGAUCUUUGAAGGAGCGCUGAAGGCCGAACCUCUGAAAGACGAGAUCUUCUGUCAGAUCCUCAAACAGCUGACGGACAAUCACGUCAAGUACAGUGAGGAGAAAGGCUGGGAGCUGCUGUGGUUGUGUUCUGGUUUGUUUCCUCCCAGUAACGUUCUGCUGCCGCACAUCCAGCGCUUCCUCCAGUCUAAGAAACAUCACCCGCUGUCUGGAGACUGCAUGCAGCGGCUGCACAAAUCGCUACGAAACGGAUCCAGGAAGUACCCUCCUCACCUGGUGGAAGUGGAGGCCAUCCAACACAAGACGACACAGAUCUUCCACAAAGUCUAUUUCCCGGACGACACGGACGAGGCGUUCGAGGUGGAGUCGAGCACCAAAGCGAAGGAUUUCUGUCAGAACAUUUCGACCAGACUGUUGCUCAAAUCUCCUGAAGGGUUCAGUCUGUUCGUCAAGAUCUCAGACAAGGUGAUCAGCGUGCCAGAGGGAGAUUUCUUCUUUGACUUCGUUCGGCAUUUGACCGACUGGAUCAAGAAAUCAAGACCAGCUAAAGACGGAAUCGUUCCCUCUCUGACCUAUCAGGUGUUCUUCAUGAAGAAGUUAUGGACCAACACGGUUCCAGGGAAGGACUCCUUCGCUGACUCCAUCUUCCACUAUUAUCAGGAGCUGCCUAAAUACCUGCGCGGCUACCACAAGUGUUCACGAGAAGAGGUUUUCCAACUGGCGGCGCUCAUCUACCGAGUCAAGUUCGAGGACGAUAAAUCCCACUUUCCUACAAUUCCCAAGAUGCUUCGGGAGCUGGUUCCUCAGGAUCUCAUUCGUCAGCUGUCACCAGACGACUGGAAGAGAUCUGUGGUCGCGUAUUUCAACAAGCAGGCCGGUAAAUCGAGGGAAGAGGCCAAACUGAUGUUUCUGAAGAUCAUCUACAAAUGGCCGACCUUUGGCUCUGCCUUCUUUGAAGUCAAGCAAACCACAGAGCCAAACUACCCAGAAAUCCUUCUGAUCGCCAUCAACAAGCACGGAGUCAGUCUCAUUGACCCGAAGACGAAGGACAUCCUGAUCACUCAUCCCUUCACCAAGAUCUCCAACUGGAGCAGUGGGAACACUUACUUCCACAUCACCAUCGGAAACCUGGUCAGAGGAAGCAAACUGCUCUGUGAGACUUCACUGGGCUACAAGAUGGACGACCUGCUGACCUCCUACAUCAGUCAGAUGUUGACCACCAUGAACAAGCAGCGCUCCGGGCGCGGACACAGCAACUGGGGGCGGACCUUCGCCCACCAGUUGUGGAGGAUGAGCCGCAGUCCUUCUGCUAGCUCAGAAGGGUCAAAGGUCACCGGGGAGAGUUCGGCCGUCAGCAGCGACGACCCCGGAGAAGGACCGAGCAACUACAACCAGUACAACUACAACCACGAGGAUGACGAUGAGCCGUCCAGCGAGGAUGACUACCUCUAA